CAAAUCCAACAGAUCCGAAACCGGGAAAUCUCCUCUGCGUUCGUCUCUACUACAAACCCAGUAAAACUGGUAUUUAAGAUUCUUUCAAUACUCAAAGAUCAACAGAUCAUAAAGUCGACGGCUUUCCUUGAUUGAGGACUUUUCCGCUAUAAUGGAAUCGACCGCUUUGAAGGGAUUUUGCUAACCUAAGCUUCACCGCUUUUUCACUUCACAAUUUUCCUAGUGGUAAAGGGAAGCGGAAACCGCGGGCGGACGGCGUCGUUUUGGCACUUUCUGUGCGUUCAAAUCACGCUCAAAAAACGAAUCGGAGUCAUCACCAGAAGUAGAAAGAGAAUCGGAGUUUGAGAAAGAAUCUCAUUGCUAGGGUUUCGCUUAGCGAUUGUCUCAUGAUUGCUUUGAUAAUUUACCAUCUAGGUUUCGCAGGAGUUCCUGUUCGUCCGGGGUUUUAGAGAGAGAAGCUAGAGAGAGAAGGGGAGGAUUUUUUGGAUUUCGGAGAUUUUUUUUUUAAAGGAUGCAGACGGAGGCUAGAGUGGGGAUCGUGGUCGAAGGAGGGCAGAGAGCUCUGAAUACUGUCCAUGGCGGAGUCGCCGUCGAAGGCAGCGUCAGAGGUUUGACGCCGCAACAGCGUCCGCAGCAGUCGAUGCACCAGCAGUCUCAGAUCGGAACGAUGUCGCAGCUCGUCGCCGGAGGCGUUGCCGGCGCUCUCAGCAAGACCUGCACGGCCCCACUCGCUAGACUCACUAUUCUCUUUCAGGUGCAAGGCAUGCACUCUGAUGUUACUACAUUAAGAAAGGCCAGCAUAUGGCGGGAGGCUUCGCGAAUCGUUGGGGAAGAAGGAUUUAGAGCUUUCUGGAAAGGAAAUUUGGUCACAAUCGCUCACAGAUUACCCUAUUCUUCUGUCAAUUUCUAUGCAUACGAGCACUACAAAAAGUUACUUCAGAUGAUUCCGGGGCUAGAAAGCCGUAGGCAAAGUAUGAAAACGGACCUCUGUGUACAUUUUGUCGGCGGUGGCUUAGCGGGAAUAACAGCUGCGUCAGCCACAUAUCCCUUGGACCUUGUGAGGACACGGCUCGCAGCCCAGACGAAUACGAUGUAUUACCGAGGUAUUUGGCAUGCUUUGCGAACUAUUAGCUGUGAGGAGGGUAUUUUUGGACUCUAUAAAGGACUUGGAGCAACUCUCCUGGGUGUUGGGCCCAAUAUAGCUAUUAGCUUCUCAGUGUAUGAGAGUUUGAGAUCUUCUUGGCAGUCACAUAGGCCUCAUGAUUCUUCUAUCUUGGUUAGUCUGGCUUGCGGCAGUCUUUCAGGCAUUGCAUCCUCAACAGAGAAACAAGCUGUGGUGCAGGCUCUGCACCAAUUACCUAAACAGACUGACCCCUAGAACCAGAGACCAGACUGGAGUGGUUUUUUUAAUAUGGCAUUUGAGUAUUUUAGUAAGGAAAGCCAUUAAGAAAUUGUUAUUUUUCCUUUUUGGUUCAUCUAACUCUAAUUUUACAUGAAGAUAUUCCUUGCAUUAAUUUAAUAUAUUCAAUGACGUAUCUCCCCAAGCCUUGCAGUGGGUUCCUUUAUUGGGUGGCACUAUUCUCAGGUGAACCUAUCUUAUUUCAGUUAUCGAUUGUGAGAGGUGUCCUCUUUGAGGUAUGCUUCUCACUUGGCCUUUUUGUUCCAAUGGCUUCACAGGUGUUGGAUCCUCCAAGUCUCACCAGUGCAUAGGGGAGUACUGUGUUCAUUGAUCUACAUCCAAUAUAGAUUAGGCGCAUCACUUAUCUAGUUUCAUGUUAAAUAAGACGUAAUAUCGAUCCAAUUCGAAUUAAGUGGCUCCUUUUGUAUGCAUCAGCAUCGUGUAGCAGGAAACACCAAACUUGCAAUUUCAAAGCAAAUCUAAAUUCUGAUACUGUAAUUUGCUAAAUUUUACAAAAACUACAUGUUUAUACUUUAUAUCACCGUUAGCUUUGGGGCUUAGAUAUGUUUUUUUAGUGUUGCAUUUACUCAGUACCAAGUUUUGAUAGGGUAUUCUAUAUUGACUAAAGCUGUCAAUUUGUAGCUAGAUCUUAGUAACUAUAACUUGUAGAGCCUGAACCCUUCUAUUGCCCCUUGUUACCGACAGUAACCUAAAAAGUUACUGAUUUUUGGGUGAUUUUCUCAAGUUAAACAGGAAUGUUCUUUUUUCUUCAAAGAGAUCAUAUGGAUGUGUAACAUGAACUAACCUUCAAAAGUUUGUAUGAUGUGUGAUUUGUAACUUAAUGGUAUGAUACACUUAUAAUAUAGGUGGAAAGCAUUUUUCUUAUUUGUCAUUAGACCUUUUUCAUUCUAUGUUUUUGUUGAUGUUUUUUCUUUCUUCUCAUGAUAAUGUUGAGAACCAGAAAGUGUCAGCCAUGUUCUUUUCACAACUCAAAUUACAACUCAAACUCUUUCAUAUUAAAAUUAA